AUGAACAAUGGAUGGGUAAAGUGAGUGGCCUAAAAAGAUAAGAAUUAAGACGUGCAGCUCCUGAUUGUUAUACAAAUUCUCCUUUCAGGUUCAUGGGAAUGCAUAGAGAAGAGUAUGAGGAAAAUACAUACUGAUGAUAGGCGGUAGAUGGUUAAGAGUGAGCCUCAUCAGUGCUUAUGUUUGAUUUUUCUCUUCCCUAGCAGGUCUUGAUGAAUACUCAGCUUGAAAUGACAUGGCAAACUUGGGACUAUGAUAUAACAACUCUGGAUACUUCUAGAAGUACUUAUGUAAUUAAAACUCCCCAGCUUCCAUUUAAUUAUAGUGGGAAGUAAUGCAGAAAUAGUGAAAGAAAAGUUGAUUUGCGUUAACUUCAUGUCAAUAAAAAUGAACCAAAGUCUGCAAAAAAACGCGUUUUUUUUGUUUUUGUUUUUCUUUGAUUUUUCCUUCAGUUUGAUUUUCUUCUUGGAUUGCCGUCGAGGUAGAUUUUUCUGUUUUUUCUCAUUGUUGAUUUGGUUUUCAAUGACAACAUCCAACCCUGUUUCUAGUCCAUCAAAAAUUGCUGCACUGGUCAUCGAUUACAGCUUUUAGAAUGAAAACACCGUUUUCCUCAACUUUCUCAAUGCAUUCGACAAAUGUUCUGAAAUCACUUGCAAGCUUCCCGUAAGAAAAAUAACUGGGGGUUGGGGCGGGGUCACUUCCUAGAAAGAGGCUGAUGAUGACAUGCCACUGGAUGGGGUUGCAUUUUCAACAGAGUUACUAAAAUACAGUCCCUCAUUUUCGGGAGUCUGGGGGUGAGAAAAUUCUCGUAAGUAGGGAUUUAAAAAUGGGGUUGCGGCUAAAAUGUUGUGACGUUUGCCCAAAAGUGACUUAGACAGGACUUAUAAUUGGCCACAGAAUAGGCUGUAAUGUUAAUGAUCAUGGUUGCUUUCAACCCUUCGUUCAUGGAAAUGAGUUGGUCUACCGCUAAGGUUUAGCGUGUUUCUUUAAUAGUUGCAUAAUUCAAAGGAAACACGGGAGAAAAAUUAUGAUUGGCAUCACUUUAAUCUAACUUUUGUUACCGUAUUUCCUAAAACAAGCGCACACGCUCUAAUAAUCGCCCUCCUCCGAAUUAACACCAACCCCCUGGACCAUAAUGUCAAACAAGUGCCCCCUUCCAAUAAGAAAACCUCCUUCCUCUCUCACUUUUUCAAACUAGUGGAGAUGCAAAACUUGUUUCUGUUACCACGUUAUUUACAACUUUUUAUGCUUCAUCUGCAUCGGAAUCAGUACAGGAGAAUAGCAUAUUUCCCAUUAAGUCAGUUCAAGUUAUUUCUAUCUCCAUAUACAUGCUGUUCUUUAAAUUUAUUUAUGACUACUGCCUCCAUGAAGAAGCGAAGUUACAGAAAAAAUCGAAUGUAAGAGUCAGUCUGUGAGGGUAAAAAUAGAUUACCGAACCUUACCCGAUUUUGACUCGAGGUUACAUAUCGUCUGUUUCGGAGUAUCUUCGGAGUUCAACAUUCACACUAUAGAUUAUCAUUAUCAUCUAGAGAAAGACGAUUGCCUUUUGAAACAAAUUAUUUUUUUAGAAAAAGAUGUUUUUCGUCUUGUCACGAGCGUAACAAACAAAAACUUCUGAGUCCCCAGGAAUCGAACCUCAGACUUUUGGAUUUCGCGCUCCGAUGCUCUACCACUGAGUUACAAAGACUCAACGGUGAGCGAGGUCUUUUAUGAAGUUCAUGUGACACGCACCCUGCAUACUGCAAUGUCGAUAGCGUCAUAUUUGUAACUAGAAAUAGAGAUGGGAAGUUUUGAGCUCGGUAAAGAAAUGGUGUAAGAUUUUUUUCGUCUUGUCACGAGCGUGGGACAAAGAAAAAGUUCUGAGUCCUCAUGAGGAAUCGAGCCCCAGACCGAUCGGAUUUUUUUUUUUUCUUUUCAGGAAAAUUCAGGAAAAUAGUUUAACCAAAGGGCAUUUUGUUGGAAAUGCAUUCUACUUACGCUUUGGAUUCCAGUAGAAUUUUUCUUACUGGACAACCAAGUCACAAAAGAAAGCAGAAAAAGGCUGUGUCGGAGCCCCUUAGUGCCCGACAUUUGAUAGCUUAACAAAACGCUUUUGAAAUUUGUCUUUAAAAAUACUCUACAUUCCACCUAGGACGCCGCCAUUUGAGUCUUAUUACUUCCUCUUUCAUUUCUUGGCAAUCUUUUUUAACAUUAUGUAGUUAAACAAAAGGGCUUUUUUGACUCACAAAAAGAUUUCUUUGCGUUAACAAAAGUUGUAGCUGUUUUUGUACCGUUUAGGUUUCCGUCAACGGCUAGGUAACUAAGUUCUCUUCAAAAUGGCGGCAUCUAUGUUCGAAUUAUUACCACAUUUGGUAACAAUUUUUGAACGGUUAGAAUACCUUUGGAAUCUCAACACGCUGUUGGUUGAGUUCUACUGCAACAAAUCUAAACUCGCAUCAGGGUAUUCUAAUACAAAGUUAAACUGUCCUUAGCUAUUACUUGGUUGGAAAAAGUGCGAUUCGAGCAAACAUCGAGGAGUUGUUCAAACUGGCGGAUGUGAGUAAAGUGUGAAAGCAGCAACUAAGAGGAGUUGCUAACAACACAGUUAUAUAUUGCUAUCCCUUAUAUGGUACUUGAUAAAAGUAAUCGAGAAGAUUUUUCAUCAGAUUGUAGGAAAAAAUGCACGAAAAUAAAAGAGUAAAUAUUGGUUAUCUAGGUGGUAUACAUAACCAAUGUAAACGUAUGAAUGUCAUGUAUUUGAACUGCAGAUCAAUAGAUGAAGAUGAUCAUCGCAGUUAAGGACACUUUUAAAGCAGGAAUGAAAAUUCAGCCGAAAUAGAAAAAAAUAGUAAGCUAUACAGGAUUUGAACCCAUGACCUUUGCGAUACCGGUUUCGUGCUUUACCAACUGAGCUAACAAGCCAACAUUAUGGUGGCUCGUUAUAAACACGUAGUGAAAAAAUUGCAUUCUCACGAAUGAACGAAUUGUUGUUUUAUUUCAAAGUAGUUAACACUCCAUUCCCCAGUUGUCAGUUCAAUUUGUUCCUUUCCAAUCCGUGUUUAGAAAACAAAUUUGUUCAAAUCUUUAACAAGCCGCUCGCUUUAGAUGCCUAAAGAAAACAUGUAGAACUGAUGGAGAGACGAAUAAAAGAAACUCAAAGAGUUUUAAAUCAUUCAACUUAUCAAAGCUGCAUAGUUGAAGGAACAAAAACGUACAUUAUUUUACACAAAAAAGCCAUAUGAUUGUAAAUAUAAUCAAACUAUAUGGUUUACCUGAAAAAAAUCAUUAUAAGACGGACCCAAGUGCGUUCUUUAGUCUACUUUUUUUUACAGAUUCUUGAAGAUCAACCUUCCAUGAUCAGAUAUCGGGUGAAUUGAGGAUCGGAACGAAAAAAAAUAGAACGAACGACUGUAAACAUAUGAAUAUCAUAUGUAAGUAGCAGACUAAAACUAUUAAGAUCUUUUCAAAUCCUCUUGUACAUAUUGCAUAACUGGUUAUCCAGCUAGGCAGAACACAGUAAGGAGUAUUAUAAUUCACAUCAUUAUAUCUUUUCAUUACCAUAUUGUUAUCUAGUUACAAUCAUUUAUUUUCAAGCGCACGUUCAAACGAGCCCUGAGUCCCUCGGUGUCGCGUGUUCGAAUCAAGUAUUGUUGUGGUAAUAGUGUUGCUGUUGAUACACGAAUCAUUAUUCUAAGAGGCAGCUAAAAUUACUCUGAGAUAGAUGGGCCCUUCCACCCAUAUCCGGUUUUGUCUUGGACACGUAGAAGUUCCCGAGAGUUCAUUUAGAUAUAUUCUUGGUUCUAUGCCAAACCUUUGGGGAUAUUCACAAACUGAUCAAACGUUAAGAAGAAAACAUACGAAUUUUUUUUUUUUACUGCUCUUAUUUUUACAAUAUCAAUGGAGAAAAUCUUUCUUAUCCUCUCUUUUUAAACUCCUACAACUGUAAACGUUAGUACAUUUUAUUCAGACCUAGUUUAUUUUUUUCAAUCGAAAUUGGGGAUCUUUAGAUCUUUGGGUAUCUUAGAGGGUCUUUCAGUAUAACUAGAAUACAUAAUUUGGACUGUUCUCAUUUAAAUUUUUGGAAAAACUGUUUCAGCGUUUUCAUUUGAAAAGCUUUAAAACUGAACGAGAAGGACUUUGCUGUUCAGAUGUAGGUAAGUGAGUAAGGAGAAUUUUUUAACGAGGUUAACGUUACCACUGGAGCCAUUGAGAUUUUUAUUUAUGAGGAGAACAAGUGUUUUCGUUUCACAGAUUUUCGAGGAUUUACAUCAUCUUUAAAGCCUCUGUUAUAGGCAAAAUAUGUCUUGAUGAAAUCUAAUGAAUCUAAAUUGAAGUAUAAUUGUUUCUAUCAGUACAAUGAACUCAAAUAAAACAUCAAAGAAAAGCUUUGGAAAUAAUUAGCAAUUUAAACAAGUAAAUAUCCUCAAAUUAUGUGGUUUAUCUGAUGCUAUCAUCACACGACGGACGGACAUUUAGGAAGGUCCAUUGAGAUUUUUAUCUUAAAGGGUAAAUAGUAUAUUCUUUAUUCCAAUUUUCACAGAGUUUCAAGGGUCUACAUUCCAUGAUAAAAUAUUGCCGGUGAUUAGGAAAAAUGAAUUUUAAUAUCACCCUGAAUGGGAUGCAUAAAAGCAGUGAGCUUUGAGGCUUCCUACAGAUGAGAACUCAAGUUUCAACGGAGAGGUCAAAAUGAAGAUAUCUUUUUUCUUGGCUUUGUUUUGCUUUGUACUCGCUGUUGGCUUUUCAGUGGCGGUAACUGAAAAUGACUUGGCCAACAUGGCAGAUGAAUUUGAAGCAGAAAAACUUCCAGGGUAA